AAGCAGUGCUAGUCUCUCUCCCUCCCCACCCACAAAUAUUCACUGAUUCACAUAAGAGGAAGCUACACAAUUCUCUCUCACUCCAUUUCUCAACCUACCCAGUCCCCCCAUUACCCAUAGAUAUCCCUUUUCAUUCUAUCAGGUUUGGCUAUUUAACCACAAUUUUUCGGGUUCCCUUUCACAACACUGAACAAAGCUUGUCCCUGUGUGUUAUUGUGCGAUAUGGUGGGUUGCUGGUGCACUUACCCAAUCCCUUGGGUACUCCUUUACCAACCACCCCCUCCAUUAAUUUCCCUCUGAAUCGAACAAAGGUGUGAACCCAAAUGCUCGAUUCGGUUCUUCUGGCACUUUUCUUGCCCUGCCUUGGCAUGAGUGCUGUUUUCAUCGUCUACAUGUGCCUUCUCUGGUACGCCACUACGCAUCACCACCCCAGCCUCGGGCAACCGGUCAAACCCGUCUCUGACAAGGGUUUAUCCUCAUUGGAGUUGGAAAAACUCCCCACAAUCACCGGCAAAGAACUUAUUUUGGGCACCGAAUGCGCCGUCUGCCUCGACGAGAUCGAGAACGACCAACCAGCUCGACUGGUCCCUGGUUGCAACCACGGCUUCCAUGUCCAUUGCGCUGACACCUGGCUCUCCAAGCACCCCCUUUGUCCCGUUUGUAGAACCAAGCUCGACCCUCAAAUUUUCAUUUCCCAAAGCCCAUGCUGAAAUCAAUCAAGAUAAAUCAAAUGAAAGAAUUAGGGAAGUCAAAUAUUUUUAAUUUCUUAAUUAAUUAGCUUUAUUAUUAUAGUAAUGUUUUCUUUGUUAGCUUAGUACUUAAAUGUAUGUCUCAUGUGUCAUGGACUGGUUGAAUUUAGAUGUUUUCUUGUUUAAUUGUUAGUUACUAUUAGUAGUUGCUAAUAAGAGGGACUUGUGGUUGGCGAUGUUGCUGUGGUUUGGAGGACAUGUGUUUGUGAAGCAUUUUAGAAUUUUUCUACUUUGAUGGUUUUGUUUCCCAAAAAGUAUUGCUGCACGUAAAUAAGGCGUAAACGACACUAAUGGAGAGCCGAGGGAAGACAAAAGA